AUGGAGGAAGAACCAGGGAAGAUCACUAUUUCCAUCGACCGCGGUGGUACUUUCACCGAUGUCCAUGCCAUCGUACCUGGUCGUCCAGAUAUCAUUCUCAAGCUGCUCUCUGUUGAUCCCGGUCACUAUGAGGAUGCCCCCACGGAAGGUGUCCGUCAGAUCCUCGAGCUCGUAACUGGCGAGCCUCACCCUCGAGGACAGCCAUUGAAGCUAGACCGCAUCGGCAGUUUGCGGAUGGGGACGACAGUUGCUACAAAUGCCUUGCUCGAAAGGAAAGGUGCGCGAUCCGUGCUCUUCACAACGAAAGGCUUCCGAGAUCUCCUGAAGAUUGGCGAUCAAUCGCGUCCCCACAUCUUUGACUUGACAAUGGCCAGGCCUGGUGUCUUGCCUGAAGGCGUGGUGGAGGUUAAUGAGCGUGUUGUGCCCUGCCAUCCGUCUGCUGACAAGGACUGCUUCCCUGGCGCCCGCAUUGUCGAGGGUGUGACCGGCGAGAAGUUUCGCGUGGUCCAGGAGCUGGAUCUUGAUGCUGUUCGAGUAGAGCUUCAGAGACUGAAGGAGCGAGGGUAUCAGUCAUUGUCCGUGGCGCUUGUACAUUCGUACGCAUAUCCAGAGCAUGAGCGCCUGAUCGGCGAGCUGGCUGAGAGCAUGGGUUUCUCCGUCACACUGUCGUCCAAGUUACAACCCAUGAUCAAGGUCGUGCCUCGAGGGAUGUCGGCCGCAGCCGAUGCGUACCUCACCCCAGUGAUCAAGACGUACAUUGAUUCCAUCUCUGCCGCCUUCGAAGGGGGUCUGGAAAAGCAGCGAGAAUGUCGAUUCGAAUUUAUGCAAUCUGACGGUGGCCUGGUUGACUUUCGCCGAUUCAGCGGGCUGAAGGCGAUUUUGUCUGGCCCGGCUGCUGGUGUGGUCGGUUUCGCAGCCACCAGCUAUGAUCCCACCGAGAAGAUUCCCGUCAUUGGUUUCGACAUGGGCGGUACAUCUACAGACGUUUCACGCUUUGCCGGCCAUCUGGAGCAUGUUUUCGGAUCCAAGGUUGCUGGCGUUCUCAUCCAAUCCCCUCAACUCGACAUCAACACCGUGGCAGCCGGUGGAGGCUCCAUCCUCACCUGGCGCAACGGUCUGUUCUACGUCGGUCCCGAAUCUGCGUCGGCCCACCCUGGCCCGGCUUGUUAUCGCAAGGGCGGUCCUCUGACCGUGACGGACGCCAAUCUGUUCCUGGGUCGCCUGCUGCCGGAAUACUUCCCACACAUCUUUGGUCCGAACGAGGACCAGCCACUUGAUCUGGAAGCCACUACGAAGCUAUUCAAUGAACUCACGGACAAGAUCAACACCGAAAGGAGAGAAAAGGGCCAGCCAGAGUACACGCCGGAAGAGAUCGCCUUGGGUUUCUUGAAGGUGGCGGAUGAGUCCAUGGCUCGCCCUAUUCGCAAUCUGACCGAGGCUCGCGGAUAUGAAACUGCUUCCCAUCAUCUGGCUUGCUUUGGCGGUGCCGGUGGCCAGCACGCCUGCUCCGUUGCCGCAUCCCUUGGAAUCUCCCGCAUCAUCAUCCACAAAUACUCCUCCGUCCUGUCCGCUUACGGUCUGGCCUUGGCUGAAGUCGUCAAGGAGUCUCAGGAGCCGGUCUCUGCUGACUACCACGCCUCGCAGUCGACGCUGCAGAAACGAUUUGACGCCAUGACCAAAGCUGCUACCGAGGAGAUGACGACACAAGGCUUCCGUGCUGAUCAGGUCCAUCAUGAACUGUACCUCAACAUGCGAUAUGAAGGAUCGGACACCAGCCUGAUGAUCUUGAAGCCGCAGGAGGACUCUGGUUUCCUGGACCAAUUCCGAGAGCGUCAUCGCAGAGAAUUCGGUUUCAACUCGGAGCGACCAGUUCUCGUUGAUGACAUCCGUGUGCGUACGACUGCCUCUUCCAAAGUGCGGACGGAAAAGAGCCCACUCGUCCAGCUGAAGGAGGCGUCUUUGAAAGACGUCAGUGGCCCGCCUGAUAAUGUCACCAAGGCGUACUUUGAUGGCCACUCUAGCCGUAUCGACACGCCAGUGUAUCUGCUCGAUAAGCUCGAGAAGAGCACUCGUGUACAUGGACCUGCCGUCAUCAUCGACAAGACACAGACCAUUGUUGUCGUACCCAGCGCUGUUGCAAGCAUUCUGGAGACAUGCGUCGUAAUUGACCUCAAGGAUACCAAGACUGAUGCGUCUGCCGCCAACGAUGAGUCAUCCGACAUUGAUCCCAUCCGACUGAGCAUCUUCGGUCAUCGUUUCAUGUCCAUCGCCGAGCAGAUGGGCCGGACGCUCCAGAAGACCUCGGUAUCGACCAACAUCAAGGAGCGUCUGGACUUUUCCUGCGCUCUGUUCUCUCCUGAUGGAGGGCUGGUCGCCAAUGCUCCUCAUGUCCCUGUUCACCUGGGCUCUAUGCAGUUUGCUGUCCGGUACCAGCACCAGAAGUGGUUGGGAAAUCUGAAAGACGGCGACGUCCUUGUCGCUAACCACCCCAGCUGUGGCGGAACUCACUUGCCAGACAUCACGGUUAUUACACCCGUCUUUGACCGCCCCGGUGGCACCGAGAUCAUGUUCUACGUUGCGUCUCGCGGGCAUCACGCGGACAUUGGAGGCAUCCUUCCUGGAUCGAUGCCUCCCAAAUCCACCGAGUUGUGGCAAGAAGGAGCAGCUAUCGAGGGCGACAAGAUCGUCAGCAACGGCGUCUUCGACGAGAAACGCAUCAUGGAACUUCUGGUUGACGGACCCGCUCAGUACGAAGGAUGCUCGGGCGCGCGAUGCGUCAGCGACAACAUCUCGGAUCUGAAAGCACAGAUUGCCGCCAACGCGCGCGGUAUCUCUCUGAUCCAGGCUCUUUUCGCCGAGUAUGGCGUCGAGACCGUUCAGAAGUACAUGUACGCCAUCCAGCACACAGCUGAGCGGGCCGUCCGCGACCUCCUCAAGGGGCUCCACAAGAAGUUCGGCGGCCAACCCCUGGAAGCAGUCGACUACAUGGACGACGGCACCCCGAUCAAGCUGAAGGUCACCAUCGAUGGCUCAGACGGCUCGGCCGUGUUCGACUUCGAGGGCACCGGCCCGGAGGUCUACGGCGGCUGGAACGCCCCGAUCGCCAUCACCCACUCGGCCAUUAUUUAUUGCCUGCGCUGCAUGAUCAACGCCGACGUGCCACUCAACCAAGGCUGUCUGGCCCCAAUUGACAUCCACGUCCCAUCGCCCAGCAUCCUCUCCCCAACCAAGACCGCCGCCGUCGUUGGCGGCAACGUCGUCACCUCGCAGCGCAUCACCGACGUCGUGCUCAAGGCGUUCCGCGCCUGCGCUGCCUCACAGGGCUGCUGCAACAACCUCACAUUCGGCAACAAUGCGCGCACCGACCCGACCACGGGCGAGACACUCCCGGGCUUCGGGUACUACGAGACCAUCGCGGGAGGCAGCGGCGCGGGGCCAACCUGGGACGGUGAGUCCGGAGUACACGUGCACAUGACCAACACGCGGAUCACGGACCCGGAGAUCCUGGAGAAGCGGUACCCGACGCUGCUGAGGCAGUUCAGCUUGCGUCCCGGAUCGGGCGGCAAGGGUCUGCAUCCCGGUGGGGACGGCGUGAUUCGCGAGAUCGAGUUCCUUGCGCCGAUGCAGUGCUCUAUCCUCUCGGAGCGACGGGUGCAUCGUCCGUACGGUCUGGAGGGCGGCGAGGAUGCGCAGCCGGGAUUGAAUCUGUGGGUUACCAUGGAUAAGGAGACGGGGGUGGAACGCAAGGUGAAUGUUGGCGGGAAGAAUACUGUGUCUGUAGGCACCCAUGACCGAUUUGUAAUUAUGACUGCUGGCGGUGGUGGAUGGGGUGCUGCAUCUGCAUGA